GACGAGCCUCGCUUCUCUCGCGACGAACGCAGCGCAUCUCCUCGCGAUGAGCCUCGUGCCGACCGCGCCCGGAGCCGCUCUCCCAAUGGUCGCGCCGAUGACCGGUAGGUCGCAUAACCGGAAAUUUCGCCACGUGCCGGGCGUUGGUUGAAUUUGAGGGAAUACAAAGGAACUAACUCGCCAUUCUUUUUUUUUUUUUUUCAGGGCUCCUAUCGAGCCGCGUAAGCCUCUUGACGAUGAAGAAGGUGCGGUCAACACUGGCUCCAACCUUUUCGUCACGGGCAUCCACCCGCGUCUGACCGAGUCCGACAUUUCGCGUCUUUUCGAGAAAUAUGGUGAUGUCGAGAGCUGCUCGAUCAUGGUCGACCCCCACACCAAGGAAUCUCGUGGCUUCGGAUUCGUCAAGAUGGUGACUGCGGAACAAGCCGACGCUGCCAAGGAAGGUUUGCAGGGUGAGGUCAUCGAAGGCCGUACUCUCAGCAUUGAGAAGGCUCGCCGUAGCCGCCCUCGCACUCCGACCCCCGGCAAAUACUUUGGACCCCCCAAGCGCGACUUCCGGGGCGGUGGCCGUGGUGGACGCGGUGACCGCUACGACGACCGACGUGCCCCUUACGGAGGCAGCUGGCGUCGGAACGACGACUACCGUUAUGGCCGCUACGACUCUUACAGUGACCGCCGCGACUAUGGCGGCCGUGGUGACUACCGGGAUUACCGCCGUGACUACCGGGACGACUACGGUAGCUACCGUGGAAUUGAUCGUUAUGCUUCGGGAGGACGGGAAGACCGUCAUGGUGGUGCUCCUCCUCCUCCCCGUGAGGGCUAUUCCGGCGGCGGCAGCAGCGGCGGCGGUGGUGGCGGUCGCUCGUAUGAUCCUCGUGAAGACCGCUAUGGUAGCAGGUAGGUGCAGGGUUGGGAGUUAUCGACGAUUAAAACUCAGGGUCAUGGCACGUAAUUCUUUUCC